CCCUCCUUCCACAAACUACAAGAGAGGAAAGCGCGGAUCAAAUCCCUAGCAAUAACAGGGGUGUGGGGGGAACGAAGGAAGGAGAGUCCUCUGUGCUUGUGUAUGCCAAGUCGCCUCCUCUCUGUUCGCAUCCCGUCCCCCGCGAAACCCAGCGCUCUCAGGUGCACAAAACUCAUGGCUUCAGACAUGGGGAGGAAGCUCAUGCAGAUUGAUGUGAGCUCAGAUACAGUGUGCCCUUGGUGUUUUGUUGGUAAAAAGAACCUCGAGAGAGCAAUGGAGCAAACCAUGGACAAGUAUAAUUUUGAGGUCAGUUGGCAUCCAUUCUUUCUGAACCCUGACGCACCUAAGGAAGGCGUCAGGAAAUCUGACUUCUACAAGAUGAAAUUUGGCCCUGUUCAAUUUGAGCGUGCAACAUCUCGCAUGACAGAGAUAUUUCGAGGACUUGGAUUUGAAUUUGACAUGUCAGGGUUGACGGGGAAUACGAUGGAUAGCCAUAGGCUCAUAACACUUGCUGGACAUCAAGGCUAUGACAAGCAAAAUGCUCUUGUAGAAGAAUUAUUCCAGAGUUACUUUUGCCAAGGAAAGUAUAUUGGUGACAAGCAGGUUUUGCUGGAUGUUGCAAGAAAGGUGGGCAUAGAAGGGGCAGAAGAGCUGCUUGAAGACCCUAGCAGAGGAGUUGAUGAGGUUCAGGAAGAACUCAACAAGUACUCAUCUGCCAUUUCCGGGAUCCCUCACUUUGUGAUCAAUGGAAAAUAUCAACUCAGUGGUGGCCAGCCUCCAAGUAUAUUCAUGAAGGUGUUUGAGAUGGCUGCAAAAGAUGAAGCUUGACUGUGAUCUAAGGAACUCCAAGUAUGCUUGUGUAUGUUUGAAGUGAUAAAUAUUGGAUUCCAGAAUUUAACAAUAAAGUUGGAGUACAAUUAAUUUCUAGCUGAUUGUGAAAGAACAUGUGGAAUUAUUUGUAUUUCCAUAAUUUUGAUGUGGUGAUAAUUAGUGGUGAACAUAUUUGAAUAAAUUUUUGAGGUGAUAGGAUAUGGCAGAGGGGCCAGAAUGUCGCAAAAGCUGAAUCUACUCUGUAUUCAUAUUUGAUGGGAAUGGGAUAUGCGGAAGAUAUCUGUCAAAAGAAAAAUU